AUGUCUACUUGUAGUAUCUUCUCAAUUCUCCACAAGAUGCAUCUUGUCGCACUCCCACAUUAUCUCAGAUCAGAGCUUGAUUUGUAUUUUUAUGCAUUGCGUUUUCUCACUACUAACACACCCACACACAACAGCAUGGACGAAAUUAAGCGGCUGCGAGAAGACAGGCAAAAGCCGUUCUUCGAGGAUGACGACGCAGUGAUGGCAGACGUAUCGGAAAUGCAGGCUCUUAACGAUGAUGAGCGUCAAAACCUGCCUCAGGACUCGUAUACUGCUCCACAAGAGUUCCUCAACGAGACUGUAUCUUUGCAGGCUGUCGAUGAGCUGCAAGCUAACGAGUCCAACAAGAGCAUUUACAACCGUGCAAACGAUUACAAGCGCAAACGUCUGGAUCGCCAGGAGGCUGAUGACGAUGAGAAGGAUCUAAGCUACAAGGAGCGACUGGCUUUAAGAGACCUGGAACGAGACGAGAAGCGAGUACAGGAGGCAAUCAGAAAGAAGGAGGAGGCAAAUGGAACAUCCCAGAAGGAACAGGAUGAACUUCGGAAGUUCGAACGGGCUCAAACUCCUCCCAGAGUGGGUCCUCGUGUCAGAAAGGGCCGAUCAGAUAAACCUGUCACUGAAGACAGUGGUGAGAGAGGACGAAAGCGGAAGUCGAGAUGGGACGUUCCCGACGAAAAGGAAGCCGAGACGUCUACAACCAGCAAAAUAACAGACGAGUUUCUUGCUUCGGUGCUUCCUUCGGAAGGAUACAUUGUACUUACUCCCCCUGCUUCAUACAAGCCAUUAAUCAAGAGCAAGGUGACAGUCAAGAUUGAGGGAUACAGCAUUCCAGGAGGCAGCACAGAAACUGCGGUCGAUAGAGCAUUGGCGAUCCAGGCAGCCGUUCCUUCGGCUGACGCUAUUCCUGGAGUGGGAGAUUUGGCGUACUUUAAGGAAAGUGAUAUGAAGUACUUUGGAGCGCUGAUCAAACAGCAGGAUGCAGAAGAACAGGGUCUAUUGAGUGCUCGUGAAAUGAAGGAGCGCCAGGUGAUGCGUCUGAUUCUAAAAAUCAAGAACGGAUCUCCUCAGAUGCGAAAGCAGGCCAUGAGACAGUUGACUGAUUCUGCUCGAUCUCUGGGUCCCGAGGCCCUUUUUUCGCAAAUCAUCCCCCUUUUCAGAGAAAGGUCCUUGGAGGAUACAGAACGACACUGGCUUGUCAAGGUGGUUGAUCGAGUCCUGUUCAAGCUGGGUGAUCUGGUAAGACCAUACACACCCCGACUAUUGUCUGUCAUUGAGCCAUUACUGAUCGAUGAGGACUAUUUCACACGAGUCGAGGGACGGGAGCUGGUUGCCAACAUCUCCAAGGCCGCUGGACUCCCACAUAUGAUAUCAACACUCCGACCUAACGUCGGACACGCAGACGAGUUUGUCCGAAACACCACUGCUCGAUCGUUUGCCAUUGUUGCUAGUGCUCUGGGAGUUCCUGCAUUAGUUCCUUUCAUUAAAGCCGUCUGCAAGUCAAAAAAGUCAUGGGAAGCUCGUCACACAGGAGCAAAGAUUGUCCAGCAGAUUGCUAUUCUCAUCGGAUGCACAGUGCUGCCAUAUCUCGGCUCUCUCGUGGAUUGUAUUGGAGACGGAUUGACUGACGACAACCCUAAGGUCCGUCAGAUGACCGCGCAGGCUCUUGCUGCUCUUGCCGAAGCUGCCGCCCCUUACGGUAUUGAGUCGUUUGAGAACGUAUUGGAACCUCUCUGGCUUGGGGUGCGAGAGCAGCGAGGUAAACAUCUUGUGGCGUUUCUGAAAGCGAUUGGAUACAUUAUUCCUCUGAUGAAUCCCGACUAUGCCGAUUAUUAUACCAAGGAAGUUAUGGCUGUCGUUCUUCGAGAGUUCUAUUCCCCUGACGAGGAAAUGAAGCGAGUGGUUCUGGAAGUGGUCACGCAAUGUGCCCGCUCUGAGGGUGUAACCGCUCGAUACAUUCGUGUCGAGGUUCUUCCCACGUACUUUAAGUGCUUCUGGACCCGUCGAAUGGCUUCUGAUCGAGUGUGCUACAAGCUUAUUCUCUCUACAACUGUGGAACUGGCUAAUAAGGUCGGUACUGCUGAAAUCGUGGACCGAGUUGCUAACCAUCUCAAGGACGAGUCUGACCACUUUAGACGACUUACAAUGGAGACUAUUGACAAGGUUGUGGCCAAUCUCGGAAUUGCUGAUAUCGAGGCCGGCUCGAAACUGGAAACCCGUCUGGUUGACGGUAUUCUGACGGCGUUCCAGCUGCAAUCACCAGCUGCCAAUGCCAACCGAGCCGACUCGAUUGUCAUGCUACGAGGCUUCGGAACAGUUAUCCAAGCUCUUGAUACACGAGCCGCACCCUACUUUUCUCAGAUCACGUCUUCCGUGCUGUUCAGACUCUCCAACAAGUCCCCUAUUGUUCGAAGUCAGGCUGCCGACUUGAUUGGCCAGAUUGCUGGAGUUAUGAAGAACUGUGGAGAAGAUGAGGCCCUCAACAAGCUGGGACAAAUCCUGUACGAGCAGCUUGGAGAAGAGUAUCCUGAGGCUCUGGGUUCUCUGCUUGGAGCCCUCAAGGCCAUUGUCGCUGUUGUUGGUCUGGCUUCAAUGACUCCCCCCAUUCGAGAUCUUCUGCCUCGUCUGACGCCUAUUCUGCGUAACCGACACGAAAAGGUACAGGAGAACACCAUCGAUCUGGUUGGUCGAAUUGCCGACCGAGGUCCCGAGUAUGUGUCCGCUCGAGAAUGGAUGCGAAUCUGUUUCGAGCUCAUUGAUCUCCUUAAGGCACACAAGAAGACCAUUCAAAAGGCAGCAAAUAACACAUUUGGAUAUAUCGCCAAGGCGAUUGGCCCCCAAGAUGUAUUGGCCACGCUGCUAUCUAACCUGCGAGUCCAGGAACGUCAGUCUCGUGUCUGUACAGCUGUGGCGAUUGGUAUUGUGGCCGAGACUUGUUCUCCGUUCACCGUGCUUCCUGCUCUGAUGAACGAGUACCGUGUUCCUGAGAUCAACGUCCAGAACGGUGUUCUUAAAGCCAUGACCUUCAUGUUUGAGUACAUUGGAGAUAUGGCCAAAGACUACAUUUACGCUGUGGCUCCCCUGCUGGAAGAUGCUCUUACAGACAGAGACCACGUACAUCGACAGACGGCAGCCACUGUUGUGCGCCAUCUGGCCAUCAACUGCGUGGGUCUCGGAGCCGAGGAUGCCAUGGUGCAUUUUCUCAAUCUGCUGAUUCCCAACAUCUAUGAGACGUCUCCUCACGUGAUCGUGCGUAUUUUGGACGCCAUUGAGGGCAUUCGUCUUUGCCUGGGACCCGGCCUGGUGCUUAAUUACAUUUGGGCCGGUCUGUUCCAUGCUGCCCGGAAGGUCAGGGAUCCGUUCUGGAAGGCAUACAACUCUGCGUACAUCGAUAAUGUCGAUGCCAUGACUCCUUACUACCCCGACAUGCCAGAGGAUGAUGAAUUUUACCGACACGAGUUGGAUUUGUGGGUUUAA